AUAUGAAAAGAGUUAAUUGAGUUUUUAGAACAGGCAAAUCGUAUAAACAUCUACUGCGUAAUCCGUUAUUGAAAUAAAAAAUAAAAUAUUUUCAGUCACACUUGUCAAAUGUUGAACAGCUUAAGGAUUCGUCAUGUCGCCUGUCUUGUGCGUCAUUUCACCACCACAAAGCAGAAAUAUUUUAAAGUAUCCCUGGUUGGCGCCUGUGGUGGCAUUGGGCAACCGCUGGCUUUGCUACUAAAACGUAAUGAACUGGUUUCGGCACUAUCCAUUUACGAUGUUAAAAGGACUCCAGGCGUGUAUGCCGAUCUGUCGCAUAUCGAUACAAAAGCGCACCUGGAGGGAUUUCAGUGUCCCGAAAACUUGCCAGCAGCUUUGGAGGACGCUAAUGUUGUGAUCCUAUCCGGUGGUCUCCCACGUACUCCAGGUAUGACGCGCGAUGAUCUAUUCAAUAAAAAUGUAGAAGUUGUCUUACAAAUCAUAUCGGUGAUCGCCGAAAAAUGUCCAAAGGCGUUGAUCGGCAUAAUCACAAACCCUGUUAACUCGUGCGUGCCAGCAGCAGCGGAAAUUCUGAAACAGAAAAAAGCCUUCGAUCCCAAACGUUUAUUUGGCAUUACGACACUCGACGUAGUGCGUGCGCGUACCUUUAUAGGCCAAAUAUUAGGUGUUGAACCAUCCAAAGUUGAUAUACCUGUAAUAGGCGGCCAUUCGGGUGAGACCAUUCUUCCCGUGCUCUCACAAUGCAAACCAACACUGAAGUUAGACAAGGAUAAGCGGGCUAAAUUGAUCAAACGUAUACAGGAGGCUGGCACCGAAGUGGUGAAGGCCAAAGCUCCGGACGGUGGUAGUUCAGCCACACUUUCAAUGGCGCAUUCGGCCGCAGUUUUCACGAACUCUUUGUUGCAAGGCCUGAAAGGCGAUUGCAAACCAGUUGAAUGCUCUUAUGUGGCCUCGGAUGUCACCGAAUGUUCAUACUUUUCAACACCCCUGCAGUUGGGUAAAAAUGGCAUAGAGAAGAACUUGGGUUUGCCUAAGUUGGAUAAGAGUGAAGAAGAAAUGCUUUGCAAGGCGCUAGAAAUGAUGAAAAAGAAUAUUGAAAAAGCCGUCGAUUAUGUAAAAAAUAAAGCUAAAACAGACAAGAAAUGUUGAAGCACCGGCAAAAUGGUGCAAGCCACGGUUAAUAUAUUUUGCUGAUAACAAAAAUUUGUUUACUUUAGUAUUAUGCAUUUUAUUUUGUUAUAGGGUAUUU